GAUUAAGCUUUUUUAAUCAUAUAACUAUCUUAAGUCUUUUUCACGUACCAUCCCAAUCUCCUUUAGCAGGUGAAUUAUUUUCGCCAAGAUCAACUGCUGUCUUGGAUUAUAUAUUUGCAGACUAAUCGUUUGCUACCUAUAUCCUUUUUAUAAUAUUAAAUUCCUAAUUAUAACUAUAACAGCAUUAAUAACUUAAUCAAACUUGUCUUUCAUUUAAACGGACAAGAAUUUUUUUGAAAAAUACAUAAAAUAUAUCUAAAUUUUACUACAUCAUGUAAAAAUGAUAACUUGGUCUUAUGGCCAGUCAGUCCCUGAUUUUUAGUACACUUCAUAGGCGGCUAAAAUUUAGUAAUGAAAUUUUAUAUUCAUCAAUCCAUGAAAUCAUAUGUUUUUAGGAAUUGACAUAGGUACGACUAAUAUUAAAAUAAAUGUAUUAUCUUCAUCCUCAACUACCGUUAUAUAUGCAAAAUCUUAUCAAUAUGUUAAUUAUUUUCUUUCUCCCAAUAAAUAUGAAAAGAAUCCUAGGUCGAUUAUAGAUGGCAUUCAUCAAUGUAUGAUAUCCAUUCCAAAAAAUCUCAUAUGUGAUAUAAGCUCAAUAUCCUUAUGUUGUCAGAUGCAUGGGGUCAUUUUAUGGAAAAAUGAUAUAAAUAAUAUUGAUAUUUUAUCAACUGAUAUAAAUAAUUAUUGUUCUUUUCUUUAUACAUGGGAAGACCAAAGAUCAGAAUCUAUACUUAAAUAUAUUCCAACACCAUUUUCACAGACUAAGGUAUUUUCAGGGUAUGGCUGUGCAACAUUAUUUUGGCUUCAAACUCAAAAAUUAGAGCUUCAAAGUUAUGAGCAAUCAGGAACAAUUGGGGAUUUUAUUGUGUUUUAUUUAUGUAAAUUAUCAAAAAGCAUUAUAUCAUAUCAUAAUGCUAUGAGUUGGGGAUAUUUUGAUGCUAUAAGUAAAAACUGGAAUAUUGACAUUUUAAAUAAAACCAAUUUUCCUAUUAAACUUUUACCAGAUAUUCAAGAUCCUAGUUAUAUUGCUGGCUAUUUAACAACUCAUUUUUAUGAUAUUAAAAUUGGAAUUCCUAUUUAUAUAACUUUAGGUGAUCUUCAAUGUUCAAUAUAUGCCAAUUUUACUCACAAUAAUAAAGCUGUAUUUAAUAUGGGUACUUCAACUCAAAUAGCCUUGACUAUGCCAUCUGAUUUUAUACCACCAUAUAUUCACGAAAGACAUAACAUAAAAGAUCUGAUACCUCCAAUAGAAUUUGUGCCAUUUUUUGAUAGUAGAUAUCUUGCCAUUGCAGCCUCAUUGAAUGGAGGAAACAUAAUUUCUCUUUUUAUUGAAAUGUUACAAAACUGGUUGUCAUUCUUUGGGUCAAAUAUUACUUCUAAUGUUAUAUGGGAAUCCUUGGAAAGGGUUAAUGCUGAGGAUACCACAUCUGUUUAUGAUAAUUUAUUAGACAUAAAUCCUAUCAUUUUCGGGGAAAGGCACGAUUCAGCAGAUAUGACCUCGUUUAUAACAAAAAUAACAUCCUCGAAUAUUAAAAUAGAUUUAGUAUACACGGCCUUAUGCAAAGGACUGGUUCAAAAUAUCAUUCGAAUGAUGCCUAAAAAAUUUCUUAUUUCGAAUGGUAUUACAGGACUAAUUGGUAUGGGCAAUGCUUUGACCAAAAACAAGAUAUUGAAACAUUUCGUUAAAAGAUUGUACGAUAUGGAUCUCGAGAUUUUUGAUAAUUCAUUUGAUGCAGCCUAUGGCGCGGCGUUAGCCGCUAAAAAUAACUUUAAAUUUAAAUGAUAUUUAAAAAAAAAUAUAUAUAUAUACUUUUUAACAAAUUUUAUAUAUUGUAUUAUUAAUUAUUUAUAAUGAAAUAUGUAUAUAUGAAAUCCAAAAUAAAUUAC